AUGGCACAAAGCACAACUGUACAGGUUGUGACCGCGGACCAGGCCCUAGUCCCGCGCAGCUCCAAGCGAUUUGUGCCAAAAGACUUGUCUGGCAAUCCAAUCCCACAGAAUAAAAGAUGGCUUUACUCAACGCCCGCCUUCAAAAAUGGAGGAGCCUUGAAGUCGUCCGCCAUUGAUGGAGUCAUAGUGGGCAGUUUUAUUGCCUUUAACUCGUCCGAAUUGGGGCGCAACUUUUAUGACGGCAUCGAAACGCGAUACGGUGCAUGGAACGUUAAUUUUUGGGGCACUUUUCUCAUUACAUCCAUUUUCCUCUGGGUUUGGGGAGCCGUGUUUGCGAUUCCGGAUCUUACCGGCUAUCCGGCUUGGUUGUUCAAAUACAAGACGCAACCGUUCGUCAGAGUCAAUCUACGACAGUAUGCCAAUAUCGCGCUCAUCUCAUUGAAAAACCAGGUCCUGGUCGCAGCACCACUGCUACUAGGGACCAUGUAUAUCGGCCCUCUGAAGCCCGUCAGCUCGUCGGCGUUGCCGGGCAAACUGGAAACCGUUGCAACCAUCAUAUUCGACGUUCUGUGCACUGAAGUCGGAUUCUACUAUAUCCAUCGCUUAUUUCACUCAAAGACGCUCUAUUCGCUCUUCCACAAACAACACCACGAGUUCACAGCGCCUGUAGGUCUCGCAGCUACCUACUGCACCGUGACGGAGCACAUUUUCUCCAACCUGCUCCCCAACGUCAUUGGUACCUUGCUUGUAAGACACCAUUGGUCGCAAGCCGUCUUUACAUUCGUCUUCCUAGAGUUUGGCACCAUUUGCUCGCAUUCGGGAUACAACAUUCCCUGGAUGCACUCGAACCUGCAGCAUGACUUUCACCACUUUGCCUUUGACGAAAACUUUGGUCCUACGGGGUUGCUGGAUGCCUUUCACUCCACGGAUAAGAAGUUCCAGAAAACUUUGGCCGAGGCAAAGCGUCGAACAGGAGGGGACGAUGAGAAAGCCCGUCAACUCGUGCUUGACAAUCUGGCAACUCUGGAAGUGCAGGCCAAAGAAGCCGACUAG